AUGCAACGCACUGCGCAGCUCCUAGCUCAAGCUGUGCCGCAUGCGCUCAAAACAUCUUCAGAGCCACCCACUUCACCAGCCUUAGACCACCAAACACACAUAGAUCCGCCGGCCCCCGACCAAUCCGUUCGUCAAAGUCGCUCGCUCCCCCAUGGCCUCCGGCGCUUCUUCUACCACCUCAGGCCCACUAAGAACAAGACCAAUCAAGAGCGCCCGGAUCCAAGCUUCGGAUCCUUCUGCAAUAUCCUCAAGGUCGAUCGCAUCGGGAAUCCUAGCCUCUUCGCUUCCUUGACACCGUCUAGAAGCUUGCGCACUCCUCCCUUUUCACGCUCGGUUGCCUCUCUCUCCUCUGCGUCCUCGUUGUCGUCGCCUUCGAGUCCCACCUGGUCGUCCUCGGCGUGCAGCUCAUAUAUCAUCUUUCCGCUCGAUCCGGACUUUGAGGCCGAGCUAGAGAUCGCCCUCGAAAUGGCGCCGCACAGCCUCGGCUCCGCGUGGAGCCAUGACUCGUACAAUGCCAUGCAGUAUCUGCGUGCUCGUACACCCUAUCCACCCACCAUGACCCAGACCGCCUUUGACUAUCACGGGCAAGGCGACCGACAAGGCUCAGGCAACCGCUGGCAGACGGCGCUCGAGAUCGGUUGCGGACCGGGUCAAAUGUCGAUCCACCUCGCCACGCGCUUCGCCAAAGUAUACGGCCAAGAUCCCUCGCCUAACAUGCUCAAGCUGGCCAACACGGUCAAGCAAAUGUCGGCCGAAGAGCUCGCCGAGGUGAAUCUGCCGCCUGUCAAGGACGCCGCACGCAUCGAGUAUAGUCAGGCUCGCGGUGAAGAUCCCAUCCUGCCGCCGGGCGAGAAGGUCGAUCUGAUCAUGAUGGCGGCGUGCAUCCACUGGAUGGACUGGGAAACGCCCGAGUCGGGCCGCUCCAAUUGGCAGAAGUGGUCCUCGUUGCUAAAGCCCGGCGGCACGCUCGUCGUAACGGGCGGCCGACCCGUCAUCGGACCCUACACUGGAGAGAUGGGCGAGCGAAUUCGGCCGCUUCGCGAUUGGCUCCUCGACUUUCCUUUUGACUAUCCCGAGGUGCAACGCUACUACGACACGGGCAACAUGGCGAUCGAAGAAUUACGCAAGGCGGGCUUGUAUCGCAAGCUGCCCAUGCCGUGGGAACACAGCCCCGAUCUGGAGCAGCUGUGGGACCGCAGCUCGUACUGCUGGAUUCCCGUCGAUGACCCCACGGUGCUUGGUGAGAAAGCCACCUCGGCACGCCUCGCCCAGGUGGACGAUCCAGAGCAGCUCGCUGCCACCAUGGACAAUCUGCCCGAGUGGAUCCGUCCGGGCGUGCGUCGGGCGGCCUGGUGCGACAACUCGGCGGGCGAUCUGGUCAUCACCACGACAACGCCAAGAAAGAUGGCGGAUUGGACCAGAUCGACCUCAGCAUAUCUCAAAUUCCUACAAGAAAAUCCGGAACAACGCCAGCUCAGCUUGCAAGACGAGGAUCUGGCCGCCGUCGAGCUCGAGAAGCUUUGCCAACAGAUCGGCAUCGACUUUGACGCCGAGAUCGAGUGCCACCACUCGGGCGCUGUCCUGUGCAUCCGUCGCUCCCUCGUGGAAUGCUGA